UCGUGCUCGGCAGCUGCAGUUACACGGCUCACCUUCACCUCUAGAGGUUUCAGCUUCUUCAUUGCCGUCCGACGCCGCCGUGCAGACAGAGCAGAGCACGGCCGCGACAGGACUCGGAACGAUGGCCCUGCUCGGCUACGCCUACGGCUACAACAAGCGCGUCGCGGCCUCGGCCGUCGCGCUGGUGGUGCUCGCCGCCGCCUCGACGGCCGGAGCGCUCGCGCCGUCCGGCUGGAGCAAGGGCACCGCCACGUUCUACGGCGGCAGCGACGCCUCCGGCACCAUGGGCGGCGCGUGCGGGUACGGGAACCUGUACACGCAGGGCUACGGGACGCGGAACGCGGCGCUGAGCACGGCGCUGUUCAACGACGGCGCGUCGUGCGGGCGGUGCUUCAAGCUCACCUGCGACGCGCGCGCGGACCUGCAGUGGUGCCUCCGCGGGGCGUCCGUCACCAUCACGGCCACCAACUUCUGCCCGCCCAACUACGCGCUGCCCUCCGACGACGGCGGCUGGUGCAACCCGCCGCGGCAGCACUUCGACAUGGCGCAGCCAGCGUGGGAGAAGAUCGGCGUCUACCGCGGCGGGAUCGUCCCCGUGCUCUUCCAGCGCGUGCCCUGCCGGCGCCACGGCGGGGUGCGCUUCACGGUGGCCGGCCGCGACUACUUCGAGCUCGUGCUGCCGACCAACGUGGCCGCCGCCGGCGCGGUGCGGGCCCUGGAGGUGCGGGGCACGCGCACCGCCGGGUGGCUCACCAUGUCGCGGAACUGGGGCGCCAACUGGCAGUCGCUGGCGUACCUCAACGGCCAGGGCCUCUCGUUCCGGGUCACCACCGACGACGGCCAGACCAUCGAGUUCGCCGACGUCGUGCCGCCGUCGUGGACGUUCGGGCAGACGUACGCGAGCAGGCUGCAGUUCAAGUAGAGUAGAUUGAUGUGAUUACAAGCUGAGCUGAAGAUGCCCGGGACGGCGGCAUGUGAUGGGCCGAGCAGAGCUUUUGUUUUCAAUAUGAAGGUCGGCAGUGGCGUGCUUUCUGGUGGUCUGCCCACAUCCAUGUCCAUCGAUCAUCAUCAUCAGUGAUCAGUUAGCUACCCGCCCACGCAUAGGGGCUCGGCCCAGCAGCCAGGAUCUCUCUGCUCUGCUUGUAAUGUCAGCGUCGCCGCCGGCCUUUCUUGUUCUUCAACAAGCCGCUUUCGCCUUUUCGUGUGUAAAAAUCUUGAUAAUGUGUUCGUUGAG